AUGCCUCCACGCAUCCGCCUCCCUUCAACUCGCUCCAUCCGCCCACAAUCAAUCCAAUCUUCACCCUACAUCUGCCAACACUGCCGCCACGCCUCCCUCGCAGCAGCAACAACACCCGCACCCACACCACCCACCCCCCAACCCAUCACCAACCUCGCACCCCCCAUCGCCCGCCACCCCCGCACCCAACCGCCCUCCCACAAACCCCCCGAGUUCCGCAAAUCCCAAAUCCACCGCCAAUACCAAUCUCUCCUGCGCUCCAACCCGCUGCUCGUCAUCUUCCAGCACAACAACCUCAAAGCCACAGAAUGGAUGGCCGUGCGCAGAGAGCUGGCGAUUGCGCUGCGAAAAGUAGACGAGGAUCUCGCGAAGCAGGGGAAUGAAGAGUACAUCGGGAAGCAGACGAAGAUUACAGCCGUGGAGACGGGGAUUUUCGCAUCGGCACUCCGAGUCGUGGAAUUCUGGGACCCGAAAUUCGAAAGCCUGCAGAAAGAAGAUACUCCCGCUAGUGAAGAGGCGAUGCUCACUCACGGCCUCUCCCAUCGCGCCUGGCGCUACUCGGAGCGCAAACACCGCAAAACGAAGCACGGGCUGGAAACCAUCCUCAUCGGCCCGCUCGCCAUCUUGCACCUCCCCACCGUCUCGCCGCAGCACCUCAAAGCCGCCAUCUCCAUCCUCGCGCCCUCAAAGGAAUUCCCUGCGCCGAAGCGGAGAGAGAAUCCCGGGUACCAUGAGCCGGCGGUGCAGAGUGGGGUGCAGAAGUUGAUGCUGUUGGCUGCGAGGGUGGAGGGGAAGGUGUUUGAUAUGGAUGGUGCGAGGUGGGUUGGGGGCAUUCAGGGCGGGAUGGAGGGACUGAGGGGGCAGCUUGUGGCGAUGUUGGCUGGGGUUGGGGCGGGUGUUACGAGUGCGCUGGAGAGUGCGGGGAGGAAUUUGUGGUUUACGGUUGAGGGGAGGAGGGGAAUGCUGGAGGAGGAGGAGAAGAAGGGGAAGGAGGGCGAGCAGUAG